AUGUCUUCCAUCGCAAACUCCACCAACAUCGCCCCAAGCCAACUGGAGGCUGGCCCAGAGAAGGACGACUCUAUGAUCGUCGACUGGGACGGACCUGAGGACCGCGAGAAUCCUCGAAGCUGGUCACCGCGCAAAAGAUGGGGGCACGUUGUUAUCAUUUCGAUAUUGGCCUUGAUUACCAACAUGGCCCCCACAAUGUGUGCACCCGGGGCGAAGGAUAUCGCCGCCGAUCUCCACAUCACUUCUACGGUUGUCAGAACGCUCACUGUAACGAUCUAUGUUCUCGGCAUUUCCAUUGGGCCCAUGCUCAUGUCACCAUUGAGUGAGAUGUACGGUCGGGUGCCCGUUUACCACGCUGCCACGACCAUAUUUGUCGCCUUCAUCGUUGGUAACGCUUUGAGUAAGACCACCGCCCAAUUCAUGGUCUUUCGAUUUAUCUCGGGAUGUGCAGGUGGCACUCCAAUGGCAUUGGGCGGGGGAACCAUUGCGGAUAUUACCAGCGUGCAGCAACGGGCGGUAGCAAUGGCAUUGUUUAGCAUGGGUCCACUUGCGGGGCCAGUGCUCGGUCCCGUCAUUGGGGGCUUUGUGGCGGCCGGUAAGGGCUGGCGUUGGAUAUUUUGGCUUCUUGCCAUUCUAGGUGCAUUUUUCGGGUUCACUGCUGUGCUUGUUCUGCGGGAAACACACCCCAAAGUACUACUAGAGCGGAAGGCCGCUUAUUUGCGGGCUAGUACGGGGAAUUCCAAUUGGCGCUCGAAAUUAGACAGCACCUUGUCGCCCCGUCAAGUCCCCCUGCAGGUACUGGUCCGUCCGGUAAUGCUUCUUAUGCGGUCGCCCAUUCUCUUCGUGAUCUCCCUUUACGUGGCACUGGUGUUUGGUGUGAUGUAUCUGCUCUUCACCACAUUCACCAGUGUCUUCGAGGGCCAGUAUGGAUUCUCGACCUCCAUUUCGGGGCUCACCUAUCUCGGACUAGGUGUGGCGCUAGUGAUUAGCAUGGUGCUUUUCAACUUGCUGAACGGUCCCGUUCAGGCGGCACGCAUGACAGCUGACGGCGUGCAACAACCCCGCCCUGAGUAUCGUCUUCUUCUCAUGAUCUGGUUUAGUCCGUUCGUGGCCGGAGGCUUGUUCCUCUAUGGCUGGACGGCAUACUACAAAGUCCAUUGGUUUGUUCCCAUUCUUGGCACAAGCUUGAUGGGCUUUGGUGCUUUCUUCGUUAUUACACCUGCACAACUGUACCUGAUCGAUGUCUUCGGGUCUGAGGCCGCGGCAUCAGCCUUGGGAGCCAACAACCUACUUCGGUACAUUUCCAGCACAUUCUUGCCCCUUGCCGGGCCCGCAAUGUACAGCAGUCUGGACUAUGGGUGGGGAAAUUCUUUGUUGGGGUUCAUAGCGUUGGCGUUCCUUCCCGCGCCUGUGCUCUUUUACAAGUACGGAGAGCAGCUCCGUACGAAGGCGAGCGCGUAG